AGUGACAGCGCCAGCGCCGCGAGAACAGUGCCAGGCAAGGGGGCGGGCAUUCGCGGAAGCUGCCUGCUUUCACCCGGAGGCCACGUCCCUGGUGAGACUCUGGAGAGCGCGUUUUGAGGGUCCAGCCCAGGCCAAGGAGCAAGGUGUGGGGACGCACCGGCCGUGGGAGGGCAAGACCCUCGCCCGCGGGCAACGCGUCUUCCCGCAAUGCCCCUGUCCUCUUCCAAGGCUUCUGGAGAAACGUCGUAGCGGGAGCGGUGGUGGCGCAGGUGACGAGGCGGCGGUCAAGCCUCCUGGACCCGGCCUACGGGGUUCGGCUGGGCGCCUGGGUUCCCAGCGCGGCUGGACACUUCUCUCGGCCUGGCGGGGCGCGGCGGCAGCGGCGGGGUGAGCGGCCCUGCGCGCAGACUGGCAGGAGCCGGGCCCGGACCGGGCCGGGCUUCUGGAUGCACUGGCGGUUCGGGAGCCCUUAGGAUGGCACAAAAGAAAUAUCUUCAAGCAAAAUUAACUCAGUUUUUAAGGGAAGACAGGAUUCAACUUUGGAAACCUCCAUAUACAGAUGAAAAUAAAGAACUUGGCUUAGCAUUGAAGGAUCUUGCUAAGAAGUACUCUGACAAGCUAGACUGCUGUGAAAAUGAAGUAGAAAAGAUAAUAGAAGAAAUACGUCGCAAAGCAAUUGAACGUGGAACUGGAAAUGAAAAUUACAAAACAACAGGAAUUGCUACAAUUGAGGUGUUUUUACCACCAAGAGUAAGAAAAGAUAGGAAAAACUUGUUGGAGACCCGAUUGCACAUCACUGGCAGAGAGCUGAGGUCUAAAAUAGCUGAAUCUUUUGGAUUUCAGGAAAAUUAUAUCAAAAUUGUCAUAAACAAGAAACAGCUUCAACUAGGGAAAACCCUUGAAGAACAAGGAGUGACUCACAAUGUAAAAGCAAUGGUGCUUGAACUGAAACAGUCCGAAGAGGACGUGAGGAAAAACUUCCAGGUGGAGGAAGAGGAACAAAAUGAGGCUGAACUGAAAGAAAAACGAAUUCAGAGGACUAAAAGAGGACUAGAGAUACUGGCCGAGAGAGCUGAGAUGGUGGUGGAUUCAGAGACUACACCGUACUUAGACAUAGCUAACCAGACAGGCAGAUCAAUCAGAAUUCCCCCAUCAGAAAGAAAAGCCCUUAUGUUAGCUAUGGGAUAUCAUGAGAAGGGCAGAGCUUUCCUGAAAAGAAAAGAAUAUGGAAUAGCCUUGCCAUGUCUGUUGGAUGCUGACAAAUAUUUCUGUGAGUGCUGCAGAGAGCUGCUGGACACAGUGGAUAACUACGCAGUGCUCCAGCUGGAUAUAGUGUGGUGUUACUUCCGCUUGGAACAACUGGAAUGCCUUGAUGAUGCCGAAAAAAAAUUAAACUUGGCCCAGAAAUGCUUUAAAAAUUGCUAUGGAGAAAAUCAUCAGAGACUGGUCCACAUAAAAGGAAAUUGUGGGAAAGAGAAGGUAUUAUUUUUAAGACUCUACUUGCUUCAAGGUAUUCGAAACUAUCACAGUGGAAAUGGUGAAGAAGCUUGUGAGUAUCUCAAUAAGGCACGUCAGCUCUUUAAAGAGCUAUAUAUUGAUCCAUCAAAAGUUCACAACUUAUUGCAGUUGGGAUUUACUGCCCAGGAAGCCCGGCUUGGCCUGAGGGCAUGUGAUGGGAACGUGGAUCACGCAGCUACUCACAUUACCAACCGCAGAGAGGAAUUGGCCCAAAUAAGGAAAGAGGAAAAAGAGAAGAAAAGACGCCGCCUGGAGAACAUCAACUCUCUGAAGUGCAUGGGCUACUCCACACACGCAGCCAAGCAGGCGCUCCACCAGGCCAGUGGCAACCUGGAUGAGGCCCUGAAGAUUCUGCUCAGUAAUCCCCAGAUGUGGUGGUUAAAUGAUUCCGAUCCUGAAACCAGCAACCAUCAAGAAAGUCCUUCCCAGGAAAACAUUGACCAACUGGUGUACAUGGGCUUUGACGCCACAGUGGCCAAAGCUGCACUGAGAGUGUUCCGAGGUAACGUCCAGCUGGCAGCACAGACCCUUGCUCACAACGGGGGCAGCCUCCCUCCUGACCUGCGGCUCUCGGCAGAAGACUCUCCAUCAACACCAUCCACAUCCCCUUCAGAUUCUGCAGGAACCUCUAGUGCCUCGACAGAUGAAGACAUGGAGACAGAGGCCGUGAAUGAGAUCCUGGAAGACAUCCCAGAACAUGAGGAAGAUUAUCUAGAUUCAACUCUGGAAGAUGAAGAAAUUAUUAUUGCAGAGUACCUAUCCUAUGUAGAGAACAUAAAGUUGGCAACAAAGAAAAACUAAAUAAUGAACAGAAAUAAGUAUAAGUUUCUGCUUAUAAACGCUAUCAUUAUGAAAAGUUUAAUGCACAUCUUUUGUUCUUCUUACUUUUUAUCUGAUUUUGCUCCAAGAGUUCAUCCUCCUAGGGUAUAGGAGUGGCAGCAGGGCCCGGGGGUCCUGGUCCUUAAUAGAUGUUCUUAGGUAAGGAGCUCCACUGUCCUGGCUCAGGCCCAGAUCUCUUGCCUGGUUUUUCAGCCAGCAGUGGGCAGUGGGCUUGCUGCCAGCAAGGGGGUGCUGUCUGCUGAAGGUCCAGGAGAGGGUAAUGGGGAGGAGGGAGGGCAUCCCGACCCUCCUACUCAUUUUGCCCAGUUUUCCUGCCCUCGUGUGCCUGCUUCCAGCUAUUUUCCCUCUUCCUGUGAUGCUGUCUUCACUGUGCGAGCCCCAUGUCUUCCUGUGCCACCCUCAGCACCCAUUCCCCAAACCAUCCUUUGAAUCUUCAUUCCAAGUGCUAUGGCAUAAAGAGGGGGCUCAGGCCUCAGCCGCCGUCCCGCGUUGUAGCAGAUGCCUUCAGCCUGAAACAUCAGUAUUUUAUGCUCCUAGUUCAGUACAAUAUGCACUUGAAAAGUUGCAGGUAAAAGUAAGGCUUUAUAUGUAUUCAGAAUUACUCAUUACAAAAACUAUUUUAGUAAAUGGGAAAGUUUUAAAUGCUAACCAAAGCAACUUAUUUUUAAUUAACAUUUUUAGACUGCUCUCAUACUGACCUCACUGCUAGCUAAGAGACCUCUGUGUUUCAGAUACACUUUGUCUACAUUUCUUGUGGGAUUUUUUGUUAUGUGAUAAGACUGUUUCUAAAGAUACAUAGUUAGCCUUUUAUUGACUCAAAUACCCAUUCUCACUGCGCCAUGCAUUCCUCUGUAGAUAUGUGUGAAUGGAAAGCCCUCCCCUAGGACUGGCAGCAGCAGCUGGAUGUGAUCUGAGAUUCUUCCUCCUUUCCAGAAGGCACUCAAGGCUCCUCUGGCUGGUGACAGGGUGGGCCACCUGUUGCUGUCAGGGGGCUGGCUGAAUUGCUCCAACUUUUUCAUGAAGUUUGGUUUGGACCGACAGGAAUCUUGUCAAUUCUUUUUAAAUGGCUACCAAUGGAAAUAAAAGGUGGAAAAUAUAUUCAAUUGUCA